UUCGAAUCAUUCUUCUACCAGCGCUUGAGCGUGUCGCACGUGUUUAAUUUCGGUGCCCGGUUCAUUGUGGUUAACAACUGUUUCUACUCGUGUUUGAAGGAAACAAGAUAAUUUUCUCUCGUGUGUUUGGAAAGUGAACCGCAGCAUCGAUUCGAAGGAUACUAUCGAUAAAGACGUCGAACUGUUAUCAGUGUGUUCAGAAAAUACAAAAAAAGCUCAACAAGCUCGAAGUGAAUAGUUUUUUGCGGUGAUUUGUGAGUUGAAAACAAAAGUUUAAGGAUUCAACUUGAGACCGGAGUGCAUCCGGAGGAAAAUCAGUCAAAAUUUGUGUCAAACGAGCAAAAAAGAUGAAAGCCAUCACAGCGGUAUGUGCUACUGGUGCGUCAGUGCCGGCGAUCGCCAAUGGCCGCGUCCAGCGGCACCGGGAUGGUGAAAAUGCGGAGAUCCAAAUGUAUCUCUCGAAGCUGAAGGAUCUUGUGCCAUUUAUGCCCAAAAAUCGGAAGAUAUCGAAGCUGGAAGUGAUUCAGAACGUGAUCGACUACAUUUGUGAUCUUCAGAGUGCCCUGGAGUCGCAUCCGGCCGUGAAUACCUUCGAUCCAGUGCAGGCUUUGGCCAGUCACCAAUCUUCGGUGGAAGCGUCGAUGGAAUCCACUCCGGUGGGUCCCCGACAACCGUUGGGAGUGCGACCAAGUCCCAACACAAUCUUGGCUGCACACAAUGCUCUCGCCAACAAUGCCACCAACUCUCCUGUCUACCCCGCCAACGGAUCUAGCAGUUCUAGUGGUAGCAGUGAGCCUACCUCUAUUGUGACGAAGGACAAAUCAACGUGAAUCAAACCAUCACACCCUCUGGGGGGAGCUACUGUCCCAACAGCAGCAGCAGCCUGGCUUGUCCGCAAGCCAGGACGAUCUCAGCUACGAACUGAACAAAAACAAAAACAUCCGGGAAUUUGCACAGCCAAGUUACGAGACGACUGUUUGACACAUAAUCCGGUUUAGCCUGUAACGCGUCGCCAGGAGUUAGAGUUAGCCAGUCGUCAGCUGUCACGCCGUCGUGUAUAAUCGGAUAAUAUUAAUUAUAUUAAUGUUCUGUGAUCUAUAGAAUAUGUUUCUUAAACAAGAGUUUAAUUAGCGGUCA